AUGUUGGCAGCAUUCAGCAGUCAGAGGACAAGCUGCUGGAAUACUUGGGAGUGGUGAUCUAUGAAGCCCUGGACUGGGGAAUUGACAGCCAAGUGGAGCGGGAACUGAGUGAUCCUUUGGAGAAAUUGCUGCGCCUCAUGUUGAAGCUGGAUGAUGAGGCAAUGAAACCAGCAGUCACCCUGCAGGAUGUUAUCAAGGCCUGUGAGGAGCACUUGUCCAGGCCUUCUGAGGCUACGAGCCAUUAUGAAAUGACCUGUAGGAGUCUGUUUGCUGAAUAUGUGGAACUUCAGAAGCUUGUGACUGUCAUCCAGACCUCCAAAGAGAGUCUGAGAAAAAUGGAUGUGGAAGAUUCAGUGGAAAAUCCCCUUCAGAAGAAGGAAAAACACUGGCCAUCCCUGUGGCCCAACGUCAUCUGUGAACUGCAGAAUGGUGUGAGGCUGCGCAAGGCCACUGAGCGAGCACAGCGUCACACACCUCCAAAAGAAUGUAUCCGCUCUCCCUAUGAAUUACUUUUGGAUGAUAUUCAGCACAAGAGGUACACCCUUCGGAAGGUGAUCAUCAAGCAAAAACACAGGACCCUUAAAGUUGAUGUAGCUGCUCCCAAGCGUCAUCUAAAACCUGAAACCACUCCCAAGCUGCCUUCCAGCACCUGGCUUGCCUCAGCCAGGUCAUCAGUAGUAUCCUGCAACAGCACAGGUCUCACUGCAAAUUGCACAUGUCCUCCCAUGAAUGCACCCACACUAGGAGACAUUAAACCUAAUGGUUUCCUGAAUGCUGACCAACAGCAGUUGCCUGCUUACAGACAAAGGUCCAAAUCUUUAGAGAGAGGCCUUCAACGCAAGGAACUUGAUUGUCCCUUUCCUACCAAGCGUCCAUCACCAACCAUUGCUGAGCUGAUUGGAACCAGAUAUGCAGCAAUGGUGCUGGAACGGCAAGGCUUUUCCCAAGGAGGUGGUGAUGGCGUCUUUCCCAGAGCAAAGAUCUGUUUCAGCUGCCACAAGCAGAUGUUUCUUAAGUGGCCUUACAGCUGUCACCUCUGCAGCAGUGUUGUCUGCUGUGACUGCUGCAUCAAGAUGUCCAUGCCCUUCAGAACAUGUGUACAUCUGCCACUCCACUUCCUAAAACUUUUGAGAGUCUCCAGAGAGGAAGACCCAGCUACUCAAGAGCAGAAGAGCUCAGAGUUGCUGCAUGAAAUAGAGCACUGGGAGUGUUUUGGUGUACCUGUCAUUUUGGAACCCCAUUGCCUAGCACAGCCUCUGUGCUGUUACACAGGGAUCACGGCAGACUGGCUGACUGUAGACAUCUGUACGCGAUGUGAGCAGUAUCUGUUGAACAUAGCUUCCAGUCAACAGGAGAGCAUCCCACUCAGGAGAAUUUCCUGGUCUUGAACCAAACUAGAAUGACUCUACCAUACAUGUCUCCUGUCACUUGUUCUGUACCUGAAGUAAGUGAAACAGCUUUAUGCACCUACUGACAUAAAGGCCUAAGAAAAGACCUCCCUGCUGGUUACUCUAAGCAGGAUGCACAGUUAGUAUUUAUGUAUUGUGAAGUAUUAUAAAGCAUUGUAGUUUUUAGGACUGUUUUAAUUCUUUUAUGUGUCUUUGGGGAAAAUAAAUGUUGAAGCACU